UCCACACAAAACACUCUCUCUCUCUCUCUCUCUCUCUCUCUCUGACAUCUCAUCUUUCCCAUUCUGCCCCUCAUUUUCCCUCAAAUUUCCAAACCAGUCCCCAACAAUGGCAGACGGAUCGAAGCAGGCCCCAAACGGCGGAAACCUUCUAAAAGACCUAAAAGCCCUCGUUUCCGUCCUACGCGCCAGACGGACGACCCUGUUCCUCACCUACGCCUUCAUGUUCGUCUUCAUCGCCUGCACCGUUCUCCUCGCUUUCAAUCCUGGCCGUACAUCGUCUCCGUGGAUCAACCGCAUCUUCUCCCCGAAUUCGGAUUCUUAUAAAUCCCAAUUUUCUUCUCUCCUCUCUCGCUUCUUUCCCGAUUCCCAGCGCACGAUUCCUCAUGUUGCCCCUCCGCCUCUCUCUUCCAACACGUCAAAGGAAUUUCCGGCGCGGAACCAGACGCAAUCGUGCCCUGAUUUUUCGACUUCGAAGGGAGUCCCGGCGGAGAAUCAGACGCAACAGAACCGUGAUUUUUCGAGUUCGAGGGAAAUCGCGGUGCGGAACCAGACGCAAUCGUGCCCUGAUUUUUUGAGUUCGAAGGGAGUCCCGGCGCAUAAUCAGACGCAACAGAACCCUGAUUUUUCGAGUUCGAGGGAAAUCGUGGCGCGGAACCAGACGCAGCCGAGUUCGAAGGGAGUCCCGGCGCGGAACGAGACGCAAUCGAGUUCAAAGGGAGUCCCGGCGCGGAACCAGACGCAAUCGAGUUCAAAGGGAGUCUCGGCGCGAAACCAGACGCAGCCGAGUUCGAAGGAAGUCCCGGCGCGAAACCAGACGCAGCCGAGUUCGAAGGAAGUCCCGGCGCGGAACCAGACGCAACUGGGCAUUUCAAGCUCGAACGCUGCUUUGAUGAAGCGGAAUGGGACGGCGGCAGCAGUAGCGGAAGUUUCUGGAAAGCAGAGGAAUGGGACCGAUCGGGGUUCUUCCGGGCGGAAAUGGGAGAAAUUGGCAGAUUCUUUGAAGCAUUGCGACAUCUUUGAUGGGAAAUGGGUGAAAGACGAGUCGUAUCCGCUCUAUCCGGGAGGAUCCUGUCCUCUCAUCGACGAGUCGUUCGAUUGCUUCCUCAAUGGACGGCAGGAUAACAGCUAUCAGAAGCUCAGAUGGAAACCCAAUCGCUGUGAGAUCCCCAGAUUGAAUGCGACGGAUAUGCUGGAGAGAUUGAGAGGGAAACGGGUAGUUUUCGUCGGUGAUUCCCUCAAUAGAAACAUGUGGGAAUCGCUGGUUUGCAUUUUGCGGAACUCAGUUCAAGAUAAAAGUAAGGUGUUUGAGGCAUCUGGUCGGAAGGAAUUCCGAACAGAGGGUUCUUACGCUUUUGUAUUCAAAGAUUAUAAUUGUUCUGUUGAGUUCUUCCGGUCUCCCUUCCUUGUUCGAGAAUGGGAGGCUCCGGAGUCGAAUGGAACAACGAAGGAGACGCUUCGGCUUGAUCUGAUCGAGCGGCAUUCUUCUAAGUACAAGAAUGCUGAUGUGAUCAUCUUCAACACUGGGCAUUGGUGGACUCAUGAGAAGACUUCCAAAGGGAAGGAUUAUUACCAAGAAGGUAGCCAUAUAUAUGGAAAAUUGAAUGUUGUCGAAGCAUUUCGGAAAGCUCUCACAACAUGGGCAAGAUGGGUUGAUGCCAAUGUGAAUCCGAAUAAGACCCAGGUUUUCUUCAGAGGCUACUCUGCCUCCCAUUUCAGUGGUGGGCAGUGGAAUUCUGGUGGGGCAUGCGACAGAGAGACAGAACCUAUCAAGAAUGAGAAAUAUCUGGCGCCCUAUCCGCCUAAGAUGAAUGUAUUGGAGAGGGUUAUUAGGGGAACGAAAACGCCCAUUAAUUACUUGAACAUCACGAGAUUGACCGAUUACAGGAAAGAUGCACACCCUUCGAUCUACCGGAAGAAGAAGCUGACGCCUGAGGAGCGGAGAUCACCCGAGCGGUACCAGGACUGCAGCCAUUGGUGCCUGCCCGGCGUGCCAGACAUCUGGAACGAGCUUCUCUAUGCCCAGCUCCUAAUCAAGCUAGGGAGACACUGAAAAUAGAUAAAAUAUACACAGGUCAGGUGAUUCAAUCAGGGCCCAUUUUGUAUUAUAUGUUUUUGUUCACGGAAUGAUUAAAAUAAGUCUGGGAGAGAAUCCAUGUAAAAGUGUUACUAUAAUGAGAAAGAGGUAGAGAGAAUUGGGGUUUUUGUUGGAAUGGUUAGAAUAAUCAAUUUGUUUUUGUGUAUUGGAGAGGGAGAAAACCAAGGGAUGUUGGUUUUUAAGCCAUCGUUAUUAUGAUAUUUGACCGUUGAAUACUGUAUUCUUUGGGCCUCAAGGUUGUAGAUUGUAAAGCUAUUCCGGGUUUGUUUAUUUAAUAUUAGUGUUGUUUCA